UCAGCGCGGAAGCCCCGCCCCCUUCGGCUUCGGCGGCGCCGGGAGAGGGCACGAUGUCGGCGCUGCCUCCCGGGGAGUUUGCGGCGCAGGUGGUGCCGGGGUGCGUGGUGCCCACGGCGCGGCAGGGGUUGGCGCAGCUCUGGCCGCUGCUGCUCCUCUGCCUCGGGGCUCGGCUGCUGCAUCGCCUGCCGCUGCCGCGGGGUGGGAAGCACGCGGGGGCGGUGGCGGGGGGGCUGCUGGCCCUGCACCAUUUCUUCGGGGCGCAGGCGCUGUGGGUGGCCCUGCUCAGCGCCCUCUGCACCCUCACCCUCCUGCUCAGCCGCGCGCGGGCCCAGCGCGGCCUCUGCCUCGCCCUGGCCGCCCUCAGCUACCUCCUCAUGGGGGAGCUCCACAUGGUGGACACAGUCACGUGGCACAAGAUGCGAGGGGCACAGAUGGUGGUGGCGAUGAAGGCGGUGUCGCUCGGCUUCGACCUGGACCGGGGGGGUCCCGGGGGGGCCGUCCCCGAACCGUCCCCCGCUCAGGUUUUGGGGUACCUCUGCUCCCCCGGCUCCGUCAUCUUUGGACCUUGGGAACCUUUUGGGGCGUAUCUGCGCGCCGUCGAGGGGCCCCCCUUGAGCGCGGCGUGGGCGCGGAAGGGGCUGCGGAGCCUGGGGCUGGCGCUGCUCUGCCUGCUCGGCUCCACCUGCCUCGCGCCCUUCCUCUUCUCCUGCCUCGUCCCCCUCUACGGCGCCCGCGCCCUGCGGCGAAGCGUCUUCGCGAGGUGGCUCCGUGCCUACGAGAGCGCUCUCUCCUUCCACUUCAGCAAUUUCUUCGUGGCGUUCCUCUCCGAGGCCACGGCCACCCUGGCCGGCUCGGGGGCCACCCCGACCCACGGCAACCUGCGCUGGGACCUGACGGUGUCGCGGCCGCUGCGCGUGGAGCUGCCGCGUUCCAUGGCCGACGUGGUGACCAACUGGAAUCUGCCCAUGUCCCGCUGGCUGCACACCUAUGUCUUCCAGACCGCGCGGCGCUUGGGGACCUUCGCGGCUGUGUUGGGAACCUACGCUGCCAGCGCCCUCCUCCACGGUCUCAGCUUCCACCUGGCGGCGGUUCUCCUCUCCCUCGGCCUCAUCACCUACGCCGAGCACGCCCUGCGGCAGCGUUUGGCCGUUGUCUUCGACGCCUGCGUCCUGUCCAAGCGCUGCCCCCCCGGGUGCCCCCACCGGCACAAGGACGCGCUGUGGGUUCGGGCUCUGAACGGAGCUCUGGGCGCCGUCGCCCUCUUCCAUCUCUCCUACUUGGGCGCUCUCUUCGACGUGGAAGCCGACGACACUGUGGAGGAGCAGGGCUACGGAAUGGCCUACACCAUCCGCAAGUGGUCGGAGCUGAACUGGGCCAGUCACUGGGUGACACUGGGCUGUUGGCUGCUCGCCCGCCUCCUCUGAGGGUAACUGGGAGGCACUGGGAAGCACUGGGAAGCACUGGGAGCAAUAGGGAACAAUGGCGGCACCAACGAGAGGCCGCUCUGCCCCAACCCUGGGGCCUCUCUGGGCCUCCCCGGAGGUCGCGCUCUAUGGUUUCGGGGGCC